AUGGCUGGCCGCAAUGUCAUCGCAGUAGCUCCAAUUCUCAACCCUCUUUUCGACGAUCCAGUCUAUGCCGGAUACAUACCAAGCAACCCAAGACCCGACUGCGCUUUACCUGCUGACUUUCUGGACAUGACGCCGGCGCAGAAGAGAGGAAGGCUUGCAGAGAUUGCGAAUGCGCAGAUAGAUGCUCUCGCAGCCGAAAGACUUGUAAUGUUGCAAGGAAAGUCAUGUAUUGACGAUACACACCGAGACUUCCUUGUCGCCCUUCGCCGUGGAGAUGAGUAUUAUGCUCAGCAGUUGAUUCGCAGAGACUUGGCCGACAACGUCACUGGCUCCUUCAUUCCCACAGCUGCUGGCCUUCUUACAAAAAGUCUCGCCGGUGUCGAUCGAUUGACACCCCUUCUCGCCGUCAUAGCCAGCAUUCCGAACGCAGUCAAGCAAGCUCUCGUUCAAGGAAACUUCGCCGAGUUGGUCAUGGACCCCACCCGCAUACGCAAUCGCACAUCCAUCGCUUCAUUCAUACCCUCCCCUCCUACUGGCGGAUCCACCCCGGUCGCUCAGCACAAUUGGGAGCCUCUGGAGUACGUAACUUGGCUAGCCGACAGGAAUGGACGACACCCCAACAUGGCUCAGAUGCGCGCAAUCAUCGCCAAAGCCAAAGACUAUGUCAGCGACAUCAAUCCAGGCCUCCGAGUCAGGGGGACUGUUGCUCCAUACAACAAGCCAAACCGAAGAUACCGCGUCUCCGAAGCCGCCAUGCAGCCCGUAUUCGACAUCGAGACUCAAAAGCAAUCAAGAAAUGGACCUUCACCACACGCCUUGACACUCACCAGUUACCGAGCCGCACGCAAUGCGCAACAAACACUCUUUCCUGCACUCUACGCCCAGACAAACAGCGAACUCACUGCCAUCAAGCUCGUGAUUACACGUACAGAGGAGUGGCUUGAUCAGUUAGUCCGUGAUGGAUGGCUUCCAAAUUCACCAUUGCCAUUACCUCGUACAUUGACCUCUGGAGGAUACACAGCAACACCCGGACCAAGACAAUACCAAUACAACUCACACAACAACGUUGGACGCAACAUCACAAUCUGGGACGCCAUCGGCAGUCCAAUCGGCUUCGAACAGCAUUGGUUCUCUGUCUUUGCCUUUUGGGAUCAGAGAUUGGCAAGCAUGAGCGAGCAUGUCAUCACUGUGCAAAGUUUCAGCUAUCUCAAUAUGAGUGGACUCAAUUCCGUCGCUGCUGGCCACAACGAUAACACAAGCAUCAAGAUACCCGCCACAACCUACGCAACCCUCGAGCGCCUGCUAGGAAGAACUCUCAACUUCACCAGAAACUUUAAUCGCCUCGAGGCUCGUCUUAGCAAGGUCAACAAGAAUCUGAUCCUUCUACCGCAAGUCCUCCCCUUAUUGGCAGGUAUCAAGGUUAAGAAAGAGAAGGUGGCUACGGACAAGGAUAAAGAGGAGAAGCUUAAGGGAGAUCUCGCGGAGAGGACCAAGAAAUGUACACAAUCAUGGAUGGACAGAGUAAACGAAUGCGCCGACUACCUCGCCAUCUAUAAAGCCAAGAUCCUCAUGCAGAAGAGAUUUCGUAACUUAGAGCGUAAGAUAAUAAGAGCUCUUAUCGAUAAUAACUGCACCUACAUCUCUACUUCUAUAGACACUUAG